AUGAGAGAUGUGGUUUGCCUUCUGGUGCCAGCCGUCGUACUGUUCGGCACAUCGAUGCAGGUGGACGUGAAAGGUGGGAAAGAGGGAGAAAAAGCAGGGAAUUUCAUGGAAGAUAAGCAAUGGCUAUCAACCAUUUCUCAGUACAGCCGGAAGAUCAAACACUGGAAUCGCUUCAGAGACGAAGUUGAGGAUGAUUACAUCAGGACUGUGGAGGAAACCCCAGGCUCGGAUGAAACUGUGGACACCACCAAGGAUCCGUGCCAGAAGGUGAAGUGUAGCCGCCACAAGAUCUGUGUUACCCAGGGUUACCAGAGAGCAACGUGUGUCAAUGUCAACCGGAAAAAGCUGGAGCACAGAGUCAAAGAGCCUGUAGAGCUGAUGCCUCAUGAGAACACCUGUAAGCCCUGCCCUGUGGCCGCUGCCUCCCCUGUGUGUGGUACGGAUAGACACAACUACGCCUCUCAGUGUAAAUUGGAGCAGCAGGGCUGUCUAACAGGGAAGGAGCUGAGUGUGAAAUGCCAGGGCAUGUGCCCCUGUGCCACCGCUGCCGCCCCCAUCACAGAGACCAAGGACAAACACGAGAGCUGUACUGGGCAGGACCUGGCAGACCUUGGAGACCGCCUCAGAGACUGGUUCCAACUGCUCCAUGGAAACGCCAAGCAGAACAACUCAGGCAAGCCUGGACCUGGCACCGCCUCAGUCCUGGACAAGAGCCUGGUGGCCAGCUGUAAGGAUUCCAUAGGCUGGAUGUUCUCUAAACUGGAUACUAAUACGGAUCUGUAUCUGGACCAGGCCGAGCUGGCAGCUAUCAACCUGGACAAGUAUGAGGUGUGCAUCCGGCCCUUCUUCAACUCCUGUGACGGAUACAAGGACGGGAGGGUAUCCACCGCAGAGUGGUGCCUCUGCUUCUGGAGGGAAAAGCCCGCUUGUCUGGCUGAACUAGAGAGGAUCCAGGUUCAACAAGUGGCCAAGAAGAAGCCUGGCAUGUACAUCCCCAGCUGCGAUGAGGACGGCUACUACAGGCAGCUGCAGUGUGACCAGAGCAUGGGAGAGUGUUGGUGUGUCGACCAGCACGGAGGAGAAAUGAUGGGCUCUAGAAUCCAUGGCAACCCUGACUGUGAUGAGCUGGUGGGAUAUUCCGGAGAUUUUGGGAGUGGCGUGGGAUGGGAGGAUGAGGAAGAGAAGGAGGCGGAGGAGAACGGAGAAGAGGCGGAGGAGGAGGAAGAGGAAGAGGGGGAGGCAGACGACGGAGGAUACAUCUGGUAG